AUGCCCGGCGACGACAAUUCUGCUUCAACACGCCCAACAGCACGUCGCAAAGAUCCAGCUUGUGGUACAUGUCGCAAGAAAUGUCGAAAAUGCGAUCGCAAACGUCCCAUUUGUGAUAGAUGUCGCACCAAAGGGCUUCACUGCGAAGGAUAUCCGCCUCGAUUUCAAUUCCAGGAGACAUUGACUAUAUCUCCCGGUCAGGAUUCUCAGGAAGCACCUCCAGAUAUUGCCGAUGCUUCGCCUCCGCAGAUAGUAGAGGAGGACCCCAUUACGGGAUCGCUGGACGCGUCGGAUACAACUGCGUUGGGCUUUGCUUUACAACAGGCAGUCCUUGACCCUUCCGUUCUAGCUCUGACAUCUCCGCUUUCGUCUGCAACACCCACUUUGUCGCCACCGAUUGAAAGCUUUGAUGGUCGAGUGACUGGAAACUCUGACCUCGAGAACGAUAUCCUCACAAAUCAACACAUCAUUGAUUACUUCGAUCUUACCCUCAGCGAACAUUUUAUAAUCCAUGUCCAAGGCUUGGACAACCCUUUCAAACAAUACAUACUUCCACUUGCCUACCAGAAUCAAGGAAUUCUCCAUGCUUUGCUAGGGUUGUCAGCAUGCCACAUGCACAACACUGGUAGCUAUCAUAGUUCAGGCCUUGUCACUGUGUCGCUUGGGUACAGGUUGUCUGCAAUACGAUCGCUUGCGACUCUCUUGGCGAAGGAGGAAACAUCAGUACUCACGCAUAUUGAAGAGGAAUAUGUCUUGGCUAUGGUAUUGUUGCUCGUCCUACACGAUGUAUGCGAAUCUGGUAUCUCCACGCAUGGAGCCCACUUGACCGGUGUGUCAUUUCUUUGCAAACGAAUGGCUUGUCGAGAUGACUUCUCAACGCGUUCCAAGGCCGGCAUGUUUUUGAUCUCUGCACUAUCGUGGCUAGACAUGCUGCGAGGCUUCAGCGGCGCAGAAAAGCUCACCUACUCCACAGAAGUGCGCGAAUGCGUUCGCGACCACGGUAGUCUUAGCUUGCACACGCUCGUCGGCUGUCCACCCGUUAUCUUCUUCAAGAUCGGUCAAGUCUUAGAAGCAGGCAAGGAGUUCUUAGCGGGAGACCUACCGCUGGAGGACUUUGAACGUUUACUCGAUGGAGCAGAAAGAUUCUUUCGCGGUUGGGAUCCUGAGCAAGCGGUUUAUCCUACAACUCAUCCAGAAUGGCGCCAACUCGCUGAAGCAUACAGACACGCCUGCCUUCUUCGGGUGAUGCGGUUCCCAGAUGCCUUUGCUAUCUCCUGUGAAGACCCUCGUAUCAAGACAUCCGUCGCAGCUGUUCUCGACAUUUGCGCGACCAUGCCCAGGGACAGUGUCUUUUACAAACGACUAUUGUUUCCCUUGUUUUUAGCGGGAGCAGAUACUUGUUCGCCGCACCAGAUAGACUAUGCCAGUUGGUGCAUAAGCGAGAUCAAGCAUUCCACUGGCUUUGAGCAUCCAGCUAUGACUGAAGUUUUGACCAAAGUCUGGGAGGCGAGGCGGACUAAUCCCCACGGCUGGUCGAAUAUUCCUUGGAUGGAGUUUACUUGUUCUGAGCUUUUGCGUUCUCAGCACGCGUAUCUAUUCUUUUGA